AGUAGUGAGCAGUUCAUCCAGUUCAGCGAGCAGGCAGCAGGCCCCACCGCCACGUCAUAGUGAGCUCGGUUGUGUGCGCGUAAACGCGUGUUUUACUUGCCACUCGUCAUUUUACAUUUCAUGCACACACCUCUGCGAUUCGUUUCUCUCUUGGCUUCUUGCACGAUACAAAACUACGGGUGUAUACGCGGGGUUCAGCCAAGCCGAUACGUUCCUUUAAACGCACAGGCUCGCGAGUCCCAGUGCAAGGAGCGUAUAUGAUACAGUCCAACGUCACAUAUAGCAGUAGCAGCAGCAGCAGCAGCAGCUUUAGUAGCAGUAGUAGCAGCAACAGCAGCACACACAACACACACAAAUCAAGAUGAAUAUUUUCCGGCUACUCGGUGAUUUAUCGCAUCUGCUGGCUAUCAUAGUGCUUUUGCUGAAAAUAUGGAAAACCAGGAGUUGUGCCGGUAUCAGUGGCAAGUCGCAAAUUCUAUUCACCAUCGUGUACGUGACGCGCUAUCUCGACCUGGUGACAACUUACGUAUCUGCUUAUAACACCUUCAUGAAAAUCGUCUUCAUCGCCGCGUCGCUGGGUACCCUGUUUCUUAUGUACAUGAAAUUCAGGGCCACUUACGACCACAAUCACGAUACGUUCAGGAUUGAAUUUCUCAUAAUUCCUGCAACAGUCUUGGCCCUCCUGAUAAACCACGAGUUUACUGUGCUAGAAAUCCUGUGGACUUUCAGUAUUUACCUGGAAUCUGUAGCCAUCUUACCACAGUUAUUUUUGGUAUCAAAAACUGGUGAAGCUGAAAGUAUCACCAGCCAUUACCUCUUUGCUCUGGGCUCAUACAGAGGAUUGUAUCUGUUGAACUGGGUAUAUCGUUAUUAUGCGGAAGGCCAUUACGAUCUUAUUGCCAUUGUAGCCGGUCUUGUGCAGACUGUUUUGUAUUGUGAUUUCUUCUAUUUGUAUAUCACCAAAGUACUAAAGGGCAAGAAGCUGUCUCUACCAGCUUAAGCAAUUGCAAGUAUUAUAGUGUAACAUCUCCAAAUUGUAUGUUGACUGAAGGAACCUCCUGAAGUCAUUGUAUGUAUGUGACAUCGAAUGUGUCAAAUUAUUGAGCAAAAUUUGAGAUUUGUGCGCACAAAAUAUAAUUUUGCCAAGUCUUGAGCACCUCAAAUGUUUGCUCUUUAGAAUCUUUUAUCAUAUUCCUAUCUUCUUGAGUGGUUGCAAAGAUCUGUUUUGCUGAACAUUAUUUUGAGUGUUUAUUUGAAUAAUAAUUCAUAAAAACUUACUUGCGAGCAUCGUUUUUUGAUAAUCAUUUACUUAUAGAUUUAGAAAUAUAUUCGGUUUUAAAAAUUUUUUAUCUUACUUUCUUUUGGAAAUUAUAUUUCAUGAUCAUUAAUUUAAUAAACCAUGAAACAAGUACAGAUAAUGUUUUUUUCAGAAAGUAUCUGAGCUCUUCAGGAAGUUUUGUAUCGAAUUGUGUAUAAUUUAUCUUAAGCCUAAAAUUUAUAUACAAGGUCAAUUGUAUCGCUCCAGUGUUAUGAGUUGUACAAGUGCAUAUUUUAAGACUUUCAGACAUUGGAGUUACAUUGCAAAAACUUUAGGGAGUUAAAUAAAAUUAUGUCUACCGAUUAUAUUGAUAGCAUGUUGUUACUUUUAUGAUUUUUAUCUAUUAAAAUGACUAUUCUAAUAAAAUCAGAUGAGCCAUUGAUAAUGAA